AUUCCCCUCUCUCUUUCUUUUGGGACCUCUCCUAUCUAGGGUUAGGGUUUCUCUCGCUCCCAAAGAAAACCCUCUCGGUCCCAUUCCUCUAUCUCUCGUUCUCUCUAAUCUCAGUUUCUCACUAUGAUGCAACCCGGGUCAGGUGUGGCUCCGCCAGCCAUGGGCCAGCAGGCUCAGCAAUACUCUCAGCAACCUCACCAGCCCUAUAUGAUGAUGCCUCCGCCGCCGCCACAAGCUGGUCAGGCGCCUCCCAUGUGGGCUGGUCAGCCCCAGAUUGCACCGCAGCAGCCUCAGCCUACCCAGCAGGCUCAACCUACAAGCUCCGACGAGGUCCGGACGCUUUGGAUCGGCGACUUGCAGUAUUGGAUGGAAGAGAACUAUCUCUAUGGUUGCUUCGCUCACACCGGAGAGGUUGUUUCUGUUAAGGUCAUCCGUAAUAAGCAAACUAGUCAAUCAGAGGGUUAUGGUUUUAUUGAAUUUGUUAACCGCCAGGCUGCAGAAAGAUCACUUCAAACCUAUAAUGGCACCCCUAUGCCAAAUGGUGCUCAGAAUUUCAGAUUAAACUGGGCUUCUGCAGGAGAGAAACGCUCCACCGAAGAAACACCUGAUUUUACAAUUUUUGUAGGAGAUUUAGCUGCUGAUGUUACAGAUUACACUCUACAAGAGGUUUUCAGGGGCCGAUUCCCUUCAGUUAAGGGUGCUAAGGUUGUGAUUGACAGGCUUACAGGCCGCACCAAGGGUUAUGGGUUUGUUAGAUUUGGUGAUGAAACUGAACAGUUGCGGGCUAUGACUGAGAUGAAUGGUGUUCUCUGCUCUUCAAGACCUAUGAGAAUUGGCCCAGCUGCAAACAAGAAUGCUGUUGGUGGUCAGCAAUUUGCAAAAGCCUCAUACCAGAAUUCUCAAGGGGGACAGAAUGAGAACGAUCCAAAUAAUACUACUAUAUUUGUUGGUAAUCUGGAUUCUAAUGUUACGGAUGAUCACUUGAGACAAGUUUUCUCCCAAUAUGGUGAGCUUGUGCACGUGAAGAUACCAACUGGCAAGCGCUGUGGGUUUGUUCAAUUUGCUGAGAGGAGCUCAGCUGAAGAAGCCCUCCGGUUACUCAAUGGAACCCAAUUGGGAGGGCAAAAUAUUAGACUGUCUUGGGGCCGCAGUCCAAAUAAACAGACCCAGCAAGAAGGAAAUCAAUGGAAUGGCGGUGGCUAUUAUGGAUAUGCACCAGGACACGAGGGCUAUGGUUACGCCCCGGUUUCUCAAGACCCCAACUUGUACUAUGGAGGGUACCCGGGUUAUGGGAACUACCAGCAGCCACAGCAGCAGCAACAACAAGUGGGCUACAGUUGAGGAAUAUUAGCCUGUCCGUGGGCUUGUGUCAAAAGAACUCAAUAAUGUUUAGAUAAUUUCUAUUUCGUUUCUGGAUUAUGCAUUUUAGGCUGUGAUUUUGUAUUUUGCUGAAAAACAUAACAAGUUUUGCUACUCCAAAUUAUGUUUAAUUUAUAUGUGCUUUUGGAUGUGGAUUUGAUAUGUACAUCCCAAGUA